CGCCCUAAAAAUCGGCCGGGCGAGUAACAGCAAAUUCAUCGCCGUAUUCUUUCAUUUCCUCGGAUUGCCAUCGCCGAUUUUUCUCCGACCACCGUCAACAACCACAAUAACCACCAGGGGAAACAAAUCUUUUUUGCAUAGUCUAUAGCUAUGGUUAGAGGAAGAGAUGCCUGUUGGGAACAUUGUGUCCUUGUUGAUGCUACUAGACAGAAGGUAAGAUGUAACUACUGUCGGCGGGAGUUCAGCGGAGGGGUUUACCGAAUGAAGUUCCAUUUGGCUCAAAUAAAAAACAAAGACAUAGUACCAUGUGGUCAAGUCCCGAAUGAGGUAAGGGACCACAUUAAAAGUAUUUUGAACAAUCCAAAAAAACAGAAAAAUCCUAAGAAAGCAAAAUUGGAUCAAGCUGCCAAUGGUCAGGAAAGUAGUAGCUCUUCAGCUAGCGGUGGAAUCCGUCCUCCUCAUGAUGGAUUUAGUGGACAGAAUGGUAGUCCAUGUCCUCCGUCCAUUAUGUUAGCACACCGUUCUUCUAGUUCACAGCCAGCAGUUGACGAUGUUCAAAAGCAGAAACAGGACAAUGCUGAUAAGAAGAUUGCUGAGUUUUUCUACCACAAUGCAAUUCCUUUUUCAGUCGCAAAGUCCUUUUACUAUCAGGAAAUGGUAGAUGCUAUUCUUGAGUGUGAAGCGGGGUAUAAAGCUCCAUGUACUGAAGAAUUGGGCACUGAACUUUUGGAGAAAGUCAAAGUCGAUGUCGACGACGGUUACAAGAGAUUAAGGGAUGAAUGGAAGGAAACAGGCUGCACAAUCUUAUGUGAUUGCUGGUCUGACGGAAAGGCCAAAUGCCUUGUAGUAUUUUCUGUGACAUGUUCUAAAGGGACAAUGUUCCUUAGGUCCGUAGACGUAUCUGAUCAUGCAGAUGAUCCUCAUUAUCUAUUCGGGUUGCUUGAAUCAGUUGUUCUGGAAAUUGGUGUUAAAAAUGUCGUCCAAGUAAUGACAGAUAGUUCUGCUAGUUACAUAUAUGCUGGAAGGCUUGUCAUGAAGAAGUACCCUUCGGUGUUCUGGUCUCCGUGUGCUUCACACUGUAUCAAUAAAAUGUUAGAGGAUUUCAGCGAGCAUGACUGGGUGAAUGUUGUCCUUAAAGAGGCAAAUAUGAUCACAAAAUACAUAUACAGUAAUGACUGGAUUCUAGAUAUGAUGAGAAAAUUUUCAGGUGGAAGGGAGUUUGUCCUCGUUCGACCAAGAAUUACAAACUUCGUAGCAAUUUUUCUCUCUUUACGGGCCCUUGUAGUUCAAGAGGAUAAUUUGAAACACAUGUUCUCUCAUGCAGAGUGGUUGUCAUCCAUAUAUAGUAGGCACCCCGAAGUCCAAGCCAUAAAGUCAUUGUUGUGCCUUGAAAGAUUCUGGAGAUCUGCACGUGAAGCUGUUACGGUUUCUGAACCCCUACUUAAACUGUUGAGAAUUGUCGACGGAGACAUGCCUGCUAUGGCCUAUAUGUACGAGGGAGUCGAAAGAGCAAAGCUCUCCAUUAAAGCAUUUUAUAAGGACGUUGAUGAAAAAUUUGUGCCGAUUUGGGAUAUAAUUGACAGUAGAUGGAGCAUGCUUCUUCAAUCCCCAUUACAUGCAGCAGCAGCAUUCCUUAAUCCCUCCAUUUUCUACAACUUGAGCUUUAAGAUUGAUGCAAGGAUCAGGAAUGGCUUUCAAGAAGCCAUGACGAAAAUGGCUUCUGAGGAUAAAGAUAAAGUAGAAAUUACUAAAGAGCAUCCGAUGUACAUAAAUGCGCAAGGUGCUUUAGGGACUGAAUUUGCAAUAAAGGGAAGGACACUGAAUGCCCCAGCUGAUUGGUGGACGGGUUAUGGCUACGAAAUUCCAACUUUACAGAGAGCUGCUAUACGGAUUUUGAGUCAACCUUGUAGUCUUCACUGGUGUAGAUGGAACUGGAGCACUUUUGAUGGUGUUCAUGAAAAAAGACGGGAAAGGUUGGAGCUUGAUAGAUUCAAUGAUCUUGUUUACGUGCACUGCAAUCUCUGGUUACGGGCACUUAUAAGAAGUAAAGAUGGCAAAUGGAAGCCAAUCAAUUUCGACGAAAUAGAUGUUGGUGCUGAAUGGCCUACUGAAGCUGAAGUUGCGCCAUGCACUUACUUGGAUGAUUCAUGGUUGCAACUUGCACACUUCACCCCUUGAAGGCAGAGGUUAGUUAGACACUUUCUGAGGAAUUAGAACCCAUUGAGGGGAGGUCGGCUCAGGAAGGGGAAAGUGGUGAGUGAUCAAAAGUGGAAGACUGUAA